AUGCAAGAUUUUGCACACAGCAGUUGUCUGUAAAACAUGACUACAUACCUGGUAUAUUUAAUCCUAGAAUAAAGAAACAGGUGGAUGUUUAUGAUCAAUUUAAGUUAGAAAAUGACCAGGAAAACGCUCAAAUUAGAUAUUUUAGAAACUAA